AUGGAUCCUGUUACACCAGGACCACUGGAGAAGCUCUUGAUGGAAGAAGAUUUUCUAUCACUCCAAAACUGUCCUAUCUUUGAGAGCAACUUUGAACAGGUAACAAAGGAGGGGUAUACAGCUAACGUCCACAAACAAAUGAAUAUAGUAGCCAUGGGUGUUGUAGCAUCAAACCCUGAUAUGGACCUGCCUGACCUACUCUUAAUGGCAGAACCAGCGACUGAUAAACAGUUUAAGGGAGAAGACUUGAAGGCUCAUAAAACUGCAAAGAGUACCUCCACUGCAUUGCCAAUUGAAAAAUAUGGGCUGACUAGGCUUUUCCCUUUGCAAUUUGUGAAACUUUCAGUUCACACAAGAGUGGAGUACUGCCUGAAUUUGAAGCCAGCCUGUGGGGACCCCGUUUUCCUGAAGCUCUUUACUGAAUAUGCGGACAUGAAUAAGGUUUUUAAUAAGUGGCUGAGGUUAAUUCAAAUGCUGCACUCUGCUAAUCUGGCCCAGUACAAUUCCUCCAAAUCUGUUACUGUAUCACAUGGUACUGCUUUACAGGCCAAGAUUAUUGUCCACAGAAAGGAAGAUGGAAAGAAUACAAAGAAAGCCCAUGAAAUGGAAGAUAACACCACUAGACAACAUAUGAAACAUGAGAAGAGUACAGCUGUAGUCCAGGAAAUGAAAGGUACAGCCUCUGAACAUCAUGAGAAACAUGGAAAGAGUACAGUCAUAAUCCAGGAAGUGAAAGCUGGAACCAGUGCACACCAUGAGAAACUUGGGAAGAGUACGGCUAUAGUCCAGGAAGUGAAAGUUGGAGCCACUGAACAUCAUGAGAGGCAUGACAGAAGUACAGCUAUAAUCCAGGAAGUGAAAGCUGGAACCAGUGCACACCAUGAGAAACAUGUCAAGAGUACAGCUGUAGUCCAGGAAGUGAAAUCUAGAACCAGUGCACACCAUGAGAAACUUGGGAAGAGUACAAUUAUAGUCCAGGAAGUGAAAGGUGAAGCCACUGAACAUCAUGAGAAACAUGGGAACAGUACAGCUGUAGUUCAGGAAGUGACAGGUGGAGCCACUAAACAUGAGAAACAUGGGAACAGUACAGCUAUAGUCCAGGAAGUGAAUGAUGAGAAAUGUGGGAAGAGUACAGCUAUAAUCCAAGAAGUGAAAGCUGGAACCAGUGCACACCAUGAGAAACUAGGGAAGAGUACAAUUAUAGUCCAGGGAGUGAAAGGUGGAGCCACUGAACAUCAUGAGAAGAGUGCAGCUAUAGUCCAUGAAGUGAAAGGUGAGAAACCUGAGAAAAGUACAGCUACAGUCCAGGAAGUGAAAGCUGGAACCAGUGCACACAAUGAGAAACUUGGGAAGAGUACGGCUAUAGUCCAGGAAGUGAAAGCUGGAACCAGUGUACACCAUGAGAAACAUAGGAAAAAUGCUGCUUUUGUCCAGAAAGUGGAAGAUAAAGCCAUGGAACAGGAAAAUAAACACUGGAAAAAUAAGGCAGGGACCUCCCUUCCUCAGAAUGAGUUCAACACUUUCAAGCAGAGUGAAGCUAAGACAGGGGCUCCAGCUAAUAAACUUCCAGAUGGAGUAAAACAGCAUUGUUCAAGGUCUGAAGUCAUGCUGGAUGAAGAACAUUUUGAUGGCCAUAAGAAACCAGAGAAAAAACUAAAGAAAAAGAGCAAAAUUAAAAAGAUGUUUAAUUGCAUGUCAUGGAAGAAAACUUAACAUUUGAUAAAGAACAGCAUGAUAUCCAGCGUAACGAAUAACUGACUUGGAACACCCAAAACUUUAAGGCACCAGGAGAGCAGCAAAGUACACAAUGAACUGGAAUGCAGCAGAGCAAUGGAAAAAAAAACAGAAGAGAGAGGCGUACAAAUUAAAGAACUGCAAGGCAACUCACAACAGUACUGAAAACCUUUAACAAUGCACUGCUGAAAUAAUUUAGUGACCAAAUAAAUCAAGUAAAUCUUAUUUUGGGGGCUUCCAGUUUUUCUGUACAAAUUUAUAAACAUGAACCCCAUAAAUAUUACAGAUAAACUCUCUACGGUUAAAAUAACUAAGCUAACACAGUACUUAUGUUUUUAGUUUUCUUAAAUCUUGAUGGCAGCCUUUUCCAGUCGGUUGUUACCCCUGCCAGUGGCCACUGAAGCACUUGUUGUAUUUUGAAAAUUAAUCUGCCCAGAACAAAUAAAAAGAAGGGUAGAGGAUGGCAGCUGA